AUGGACGACACAACACAGAUAGAUCAACCCGUCGAUGCCAUCUUUGGAGACAGAGUUAGAAGAUUUCAGGAAUUCUUAGAUGAAGGCACACGUUCAGAAAUUCGUGCUCAAAUUAGAGACAUGUUAAUUAAAAAUUCAUAUAGAUUAAGCGUGUCAAUUGAUGAAAUAAGAGACUUUGAUAAAGAAUUUUGGAAAGGUCUUUUGAACGCCCCUGCUGAUUAUUUACCUGCUUGUGAACGUGCGUUGAGAGACACAGUAUUAACUAUAUACGAUCCUCAAGAUCCUGCUUUUCCUGAUGAUUUUGAUCAAAAUCAACAAUAUUAUUUAUCUUUCAAAGGUGCAUUUGGACAUCAUCUGGUAAAUCCAAGAACUAUUGAUUCUGGAUAUCUUUCCAAAAUGGUUUCUAUUGAAGGUAUUGUCACUAGAGCUUCUUUAGUUCGUCCUAAAGUGAUCAGAUCGGUUCAUUAUGCUGAUCAAACUGGUAGAUUUUAUGCUAGAGAAUAUAGAGAUCAAACUACUUCUUUCGAUCCGAUUUCGACUGCUGCUAUUUAUCCAACUGAAGAUAUGGAUGGUAAUAAAUUAACUACUGAAUAUGGUUAUUCUACAUAUAGAGAUCAUCAAAAGAUUUCAGUUCAAGAAAUGCCUGAGACUGCCCCAGCUGGUCAAUUGCCAAGAUCGGUUGAUGUUAUUUUAGAUGAUGAUUUGGUUGAUUUGACCAAACCAGGAGAUCGUAUUCAGAUCGUCGGGGUCUAUAGAGCUCUUGGUGGAGGUGCUAAUAAUGGAUCUUCUUUCAAGACUGUGAUUUUGGCUAAUUCCGUAUAUCCAUUACAUGCUAGAUCUACUGGUGUUUCUGCACAAGAGAAAUUAACUGAUCAAGAUAUUAGAAAUAUUAAUAAACUUUCCAAAAACAAAAAAAUCUUUGAUGUUUUAUCAAGCUCUUUAGCUCCUUCAAUCUAUGGAUUUGAAUAUAUUAAAAAAGCAGUUUUAUUGAUGUUGUUAGGAGGGGUGGAAAAGAAUUUAGAUAAUGGUACUCAUUUAAGAGGGGAUAUCAAUAUCUUAAUGGUUGGUGAUCCAUCUACUGCCAAAUCCCAAAUCUUAAGAUUUGUUUUAAAUACUGCCUCAUUAGCAAUUGCCACUACAGGUAGAGGUUCUUCUGGUGUUGGUUUAACUGCCGCCGUUACUACUGAUAAAGAAACUGGUGAAAGAAGAUUAGAAGCCGGGGCUAUGGUUUUAGCUGAUCGUGGUAUUGUUUGUAUUGAUGAAUUUGAUAAGAUGUCUGAUACUGAUAGAGUUGCAAUUCAUGAAGUUAUGGAACAACAAACUGUGACUAUUGCAAAAGCUGGGAUUCAUACCUCGUUGAAUGCUCGUUGUUCGGUGAUUGCGGCUGCUAAUCCUGUUUAUGGACAAUAUGAUGUUCAUAAAGACCCUCAUAAGAAUAUCGCAUUACCUGAUUCCUUAUUGUCUCGUUUUGAUUUAUUAUUUGUUGUGACUGAUGAUGUUAAUCCUACUAGAGAUAGAAUUAUUUCUGAACAUGUGUUAAGAAUGCAUAGAUUUAUCCCACCUGGAUUGAUGGAAGGUGAACCAAUUAGAGAAAAAUCGGCCGUUACUUUAGCUGUUGGAGAUGAAGAAGCUAAUGAGCAAGAAUUAUUGGAUCAACCAAUCUAUGAAAAGUUUAACGCUCUUUUACAUGCUGGUGUUACUAGAUCCAGUACUAGAUCUAAGAAGUCUCCUAGUAUUCUUUCUGUUCCAUUUAUGAAGAAAUAUAUUCAAUAUGCUAAACAAAGAAUAAAACCAGUUUUAACAAAAGGUGCUUCUGAUUAUAUUGUUGAAACUUAUUCCUCAUUAAGAAAUGAUUUAAUUGGAAAUAAUCAAAGAAAUACAGCACCAAUCACCGCCAGAACUUUGGAAACACUUAUUCGUCUCGCUUCAGCUCAUGCUAAAGUUAGAUUAUCCAAAUCUGUUGAAGUUCAAGAUGCAAAAGUUGCAGAAGAAUUAUUGAGAUUUGCAUUAUUUAAAGAAGUUGCCAAGAAGUCAAAGAAGAAACAAAAGACAAGAGCAGUUGAAUCUGAUGAUUCUGAAUCGGAAUCGGAAUCGGAAUCUGAACAACAUCAAGUUCAUCCUGUGCCUAGACCAAGUGAUUCACGGGCGAGAAUGAGAACUCAAAUAAGAGAAGAAGAAGAAGCAGAAAUUAUUGGACAACGAGAGAAUGUAGAAGACGAAGAAAUCGCGGACGAAUUGGAACAUUUCCAUGUUUCUCAACAACAACAACAACAACAACAACAACAACAACAACAACAUCCAUUGACUUCUCGUGCAGAUAACGCUCCAAUUAAUGUACCUAUGAUAAGUACCGAAAGAAUGCAUGCAUUCCAAAGAAUCAUGGCUAGAAUCAUGCGUUCAGACUUAUGUAGCGAUCCUAAUUCUGGAGCUUCUUAUGAAGCUGUUGUUGGGGCAAUUAAUGAAGGAUUACCACAAGAAGAAAUAUUCAGUGAGUCUGAAAUUAGAGCUGGUCUUCAUCAAAUGCAAGAUGACAAUAAGAUCUUUAUGGAAAAUGGAAAGAUCUGGAGGAUUUAG